AUGCAGCGCCGAGAGGAGUCAGAGCCGAGUCUCCGCGCUCGGUCCGCCGCCGCCGCCGCCGCCGAGCCAGGCCGGGAGCGCGGAGCCAGGCCGCCCGCCGCCAGCCCUCCGCCGCCGGCGCGCGGCUCAUGGGCGUCUGCUGGCGUCCGCCAGGGGCGAGCUGAGCGCGGCCGCCCGACGGCGAACUUCCACACCUCUUUGGACUCUACGACUCCCAGGCAGGAGAGGGAGCGGGAGCCGAGAGAGAAGGGACCCGAGGAGGAGCCAUCCGUCACGUCAUUGCAGGAUGUUCUGGAAACUUUCCCUAUCCUUGUUCCUGGUGGCCGUGCUGGUGAAGGUCGCCGAAGCCCGGAAGAACCGCCCGGCGGGCGCCAUCCCCUCGCCUUACAAGGACGGCGGCGGCAGCAGCAACAACUCGGAGAGAUGGCAGCACCAGAUGAAGGAGGUGCUGGCCUCCAGCCAGGAGGCGCUGGUGGUCACCGAGCGCAAGUACCUCAAGAGUGACUGGUGCAAGACGCAGCCGCUGCGGCAGACGGUGAGCGAGGAGGGCUGCCGCAGCCGCACGGUGCUCAACCGCUUCUGCUACGGCCAGUGCAACUCCUUCUACAUCCCGCGGCACGUGCGCAAGGAGGAGGAGUCCUUCCAGUCCUGCGCCUUCUGCAAGCCCCAGCGCGUCACCUCGGUCCUCGUGGAGCUCGAGUGCCCGGGCCUGGACCCGCCCUUCCGACUCAAGAAGAUACAGAAGGUGAAGCAGUGCCGGUGCAUGUCGGUGAACCUGAGCGACUCGGACAAGCAGUGAGCGCCCGGGCGCCCCUCCGCCGGCGCCACCGCCCUGUCCCCGCCCUCCGAGCUCACUCACACGCUGCCUGGUGCCCUCCUCAGCAGCAAGCACGUCUCUCGGGGCUGACGGUGUCCUUGUCACAAACGUGGACCGCAAGUGGAGCUUUGCUGAUGUGUGCCUGACCGACCCCGGGCCCCACCUGCCUCCCCAACCAGGCUUUGCGUGAGGCCCGAGGGCAGAUGGUGGAAAAGCCCCCAGCCGCCACCCGGCGAUCAGAGAGGACUUUUCAGGUGGUGCGCUGUCAAUCCGGCAAUGGAUGUUUCCACUAAGUGGAAAGAGGAAGAUCCCCUGGCCCCACCUUACACUCCAGCUCGCCCCCUUGCCGGUGAAGUGAAGGACGCCUCACUCUUCUAACCGGCCCCUCAACCUUCCCCUGCUGGUCCCUGGACCUGUGGCUGGGAGGCUUCGCUCUUGUGGUUUGAGGACUGCCCUCUGCCGCUGCUGAUAUCCGUGGACCGGGAGUUCUCCUAACAAACCCGAAACCGAGAAGAAGUCUGGAGCCACUUGGAUCAUGAAGUGGGCUCCCCUGGGGACCUUGCUCACAGCGGCCCACGCCCUCCCGCUCCCCGCCACCACGCCUCUUCUUGGCCACUACUCCUCCCCAUCUGGGGACUAAAGAUGAACUCUGGUGUGCAUGCUCUUUUCGCUGCGGUUAGAAUAUUAUUAUCCACAGAGGUCUCUAUAUUAACGCCGGUUUUAUAAUUGACCUAUUGUAAAGAGCUGUUAAAAAGUAUUAUCGAUCUAUCCAUGUAUCCUUUCACGUGUUUGACUCUGGCUUUUGCAGCAUCUUUCUGAGUAAGGACCAGAGGCAGUGAUGACCUGCCCAGAUUACGCAGAAAUAUCGCCUGGUCAGCAGUUCACUGUCAUGCAUCUAUUCUUAGAUUGGGCAGGGAGAUGGGAGGACUUGUAAUUUCACGGAAGGUACUCAAGCAUUGCAGCAUAGUGUGGGAACUGGGUUGGGGUGGAUGGGCGCAGGGAUGAGGACUCGUUGGGAAGUUUUAACCUGAAACUCAAAAGGCCUUACCAUGUUUAACAUACAUAUGUGGGGUGAGGAAGGUAAUUAUUUCCACUGCCUUGACACCAAGCAAAAAAUAUUUCCCGUUAUAUCAAGAGGUGGGUCAUUUUGUAGUACAGGAGGAAGUAAGGGAUAAAAUAUGUAGAAUAGGAACCUAGUUGCACUGUCCUUCAGAAAAACAAGGAGCUUCUUUUUCAAAGAUUGGACUUUAAAAGCGUGAGUAAACACUAGGCCAUCUUUCAUUUUUGUAAUGAAUUGGUGACGUUUCUACGAUGUGGUCUCUUAACACAAGGGAAGUUGACAUCAAUUUAUUUUCCUGCAGAAUUAUACUUCCUUUGGGUAAAAAAAAAAAAAAAAAAAAAAUUUUUUUUUUUUCCUUUGGGUAGGUUGGUUAAAUUGCACCAUGAAGGCUUUCCUGGGAGGAUGUUUAUGGACUCUGUUAAAUGUGAAUGAGAUGCCCUUUGGUGGGAGUCAGUAUACUCUGAAAACCUCUCACCGGUGAUUCCGAGGUGUGCUCCGGCCAAGGGAUCUCAGAAAGGCCCAGUUCCCUGAUAUGUGAGAGAGGCCUUCCAUGAGCUGCUCUGAGGGCUGAAGCUUUCAGCCAUUAGAGAGUGAGAGUAGAUCUUAGAGACGUUUCCGUGGAGAGCCAGGAUUGGGUCGGGUGUGGGACAUUGGUGAAUCCAUUUCCUGUCCUUGCCUUGCAGGUUUCAUUGAUGUCGCUUCCGUAAUACCAGGAGGCCUCAGAAAAAUAGGCUGUUGUAAAGAGGCUUAGCUUCAGAAAUGGGUAAACACAGCCCUAAGUCAGAAGGCAGCAAUCAAUCUAAGUCCUUGAGGACUGGAACCUGGGAAUGAAAUGAAAAGGUGGAGAGAGUGUCCAAGUUCCGAAUUUGCAUUUAGUGGAAAACCACAAGUUAGACUUAGUGGCAGAACGUGCAGCAGAGAAGCUGUGAAGGGAGGAAUUCCACAGGAUGGUAAUGGAGUGGAAGAGAAGGUGAGUGGAGAGGGGCCUCUGGUCCAACUACAAAGCCAAUCCCCGCUCUUUGAUUAGCUGCAGAACCCAUGCAGAUAGGGGAAGGAUUCGUCUAUGAACUCACAGAAUACAAACAUGAGCACACUCUUUUUGAGCCCAUUUGUGAGUGUAGCCAUCAAAGCAAUAUGAUAAUGCUGCAGUGUGAAGCUCCUUCUGGGGGUUAUUGUUUGUAUAAAGUUUACCUUCUAAUGGCUCAAAUUGUAUUUAAUUGUUUUUUGUUUGUUUAUAAAUGAAGAAAAAGCUCUAAGUAUAAUGUAAUUAUUUUAUAGGUAUACUAUUAAGUUAUAGAACAAAUAAAGAUACUCUAGGA